UGUAGUCAUCUGCAUCGUAUGGGUCGGUUGUGGUGGCAUUGUGAGCAAAAACAAGAUAAAAACAUGCCAAACAUGUACAUGCGAAAAAAUUUCAAUAAUCGAGGAAGUAGGACAAAGGACAACCUUAAAAAUGCUAUGGCAGCAGUUAAAGAUAGUUUAAUGCCCGUUAGAAGAGCUUCUUUGGAAAGAAGGCUUAAACAUAAUAACGAUAAAAAAUGGAAGCUGGGCCCGGAUUCUUUGUUGGGUACUUCCAAUGAGAAGAGGUUGGUUAGACAUAUCAAAAAUAUGCAGAAAAGCGGAUUUGCCUUAACCAGACAAGAUGUGCGCAGGCUUGCUUACGAAUUCACCAAUCAAUUGGGAUUUAGGCACAAAUUUAACCCUAACACCGAAAUGGCUGGACACGUCUGGCUGCAAUCAUUUCUGAGGCGAAACCCCACAAUUACUAAUAGGAAAUCCGAAGGUCUUUCUCUACCAAGAAGUCAAUCUAUGAACCGUGAGGUAGUAAAAAAUAUAUUAUUUGACAAACCGAUGAAUAUAUUUAAUAUGGAUAAAUCAGGUCUCCAGCUGAACAAUCGCCCCGAUAAAGUUUUAGCUGAACAAGGUUCAAAAAGUGUUUCCGCCAUCACCUCUUCUGAGAAGGGAGAAACCAUUACCUUAGUAGCCUGCUGCAAUGCGGAAGGCACAUUCUUGCCCCCAGCAACCAUUAUGAAGGGUAAGAAUAUCAAAAAAGAAUUUGAAGAUAACCUACCCCCUGGGAGUAAGCUUUUUAUGUCACCGAAGUCAGCAUACAUGAAUUCACAAUUUUGUUUGUCUUGGUUGAAGGAACACUUCACUCCCAGAAAACCAGAAGGAAAGACUCUAUUACUAGAUGGGCAUACGCCUCAUUCUACCUCUGUUGAAAUGCUGGAGUAUGCGAAAGAAAAUGACAUAAUUUUGCUAUGUUUUCCUAGUCCUUGGCACCCAUUUCUUACAGCCAUUAGAUAGGGCUGUUUUCAAGUCUUUUAAAAAUGCAUUUGAUUCAAACUGCAGACUUUGGUUGAAGCGUCAUCCUGGCAGGCGUAUAACACGAUACCAGCUUGGAGAAUUAUUAUCUGAUACCUGGGGAAAAUCUGUAACUAUUAAUAAUGCUGUUAGUGGUUUCAGAAGUACCGGUAUCUUCACAUAUAAUCUAGAUGCCAUACCGGACUACGCUUUUGCUAUGUUCAAAUUGAAACACCAGACGUGGCAAUUCAAACUGGGACUCAAAACUUAUCCGAUGCUCAAGAUAGAACCUUAGAAAAUAUUGGUGAUGACCAAGUUGAUGAGCCAGCUUUGAUAAAUGAAGAUAACGAUAAUAGUGCAACCGCUAUUAAAAACCUUGCCGAGAAUAACAUUCAACCAGAAGGUACUUGUCAAAAUCUGGAAACAGACGGUCCAGAUCAGUUGCUUCAGAAUUUACUACAAAAAAAAACCAAGAAAAGAAAAACUGAUGAUAAACCUAAAGUAAGUAGAACCAAGGAAAUAAAGAUUAACAGCUGUUUUACAGAAUCUGACGAAGAACCCCUCGCUAAUCUUUUGAGCAAAGAAAACAAAUAUAUAGAAAAAAACUACCUGAAUGACAACGACAUCGCCGUUGUGGACAUCUGCUUAGUUUGCCAGGAAUUUGGGAAGAGCGGUGAAACUUGGUAUAGGUGCAUUUACUGUGGAAAAUGGGUCCACAAAUUAUGCAGCGAGCAAAGUACCUCUGCAAAUUUUAUUUGUGAUUUGUGUUCUUCUAAUACUGCAAAGUAAACUGCUCUUAGUUUGUAAAAAAAAAAACAUGUAUGCGGCACUUUGGGUGGG